GGGAUGCCCGCCUGGUACGUGGCCGCGUGCCGAGCCAACGUUCGCAGCGGGGGGGUCCUGGCCAAUCUCUCGGACCCCGAGAUCCAACGGGAAUUGGGAAUUUCCCACCCCCUGCACCGCCUGAAACUGCGCCUGGCGGUGAGAGAGAUGGUGUCCCUGACCAGCCCCAGCGCCCCGCCCUCGUCCAGAACUUGCACGGGGAACGUGUGGAUGACGCACGAGGAGAUGGAGUCACUUCCGGCCACGCCCAACGCGGAACCGCGGGAAAUCAGCUGGGAACAGAUCCUGGCGCACGGGGACAUGAACCACGAGUGGGUGGGGAACGAGUGGCUGCCCAGCCUGGGGCUGCCCCAGUACCGCAGUUACUUCAUGGAGUCGCUGGUGGACGCCAGGAUGCUCGACCACCUGAGCAAGAAGGAGCUGCGGGGGCAGCUCAAGAUGGUCGAUUCCUUCCACAGGUGAGCCGGGACCCCCCAGCUGGGGGGGAGGGAGCUCGGAAGUUUGGGGGGAAACGUGAAAAGUUUGGGGGAAAGGUCAAAGGUUUGGGGGAAACGUGAAAAGUUUGGGGGGAACGUGAAAAACGUGGUGGUUUGGUCCAACGAGCGGCUGAGCUCGUGGCUCAGCAGUGUGGGGCUGCGCGACUUCGCCCCAAACCUCAGCGAGUCCGGAGUGCACGGGGCCCUGCUGGCCCUGGACGACACCUUCGACUGGGCUGACCUGGCCCUGCUGCUGCAGAUCCCCACCCAGAACACCCAG